AGAUGGCUUCAAUCUCAGCCAUUGGAUCCCCACACCGUCCUCUAACCUCAUCUGCCGGAAUCUCUCGAACCCCUGUUCGGCGCGGAUCCCACUCUCUUCUUCCUCCGGAAGCCGAGAAAGUUCCUGAUUCAGGCGCAGGCAGUGGAAGCGCCAAUGUUGUCGAUCGAAGAAAGAUGCUGUUGUCAUCGAUUGGAGUGGUGGCUUCAGCUUUCUGUAAUAAAGAAGCAGCCUUGGCAUCUCAAUUUGCAGACAUGCCGGCACUUAGGGGGAAGGACUACGGAAAGUCGAAAAUGAGUUAUCCCGACUAUACAGAAACUGAAUCAGGUCUUCAGUAUAAGGACUUGCGAGCUGGAAAUGGCCCCAAGCCGAAGGUUGGGGAUACAGUGGUGGUUGAUUGGGAUGGUUAUACCAUUGGAUACUAUGGUCGCAUAUUUGAAGCUCGAAAUAAGACAAAAGGUGGUUCAUUUGAGGGUGAUGACAAGGCUUUUUUCAAAUUCAGGGUAGGAUCUCAAGAGGUGAUACCAGCUUUUGAGGAAGCUAUUACAGGCAUGUCUAUUGGUGGCGUUAGAAGGAUUAUAGUGCCUCCAGAAUUGGGAUAUCCCGACAAUGAUUACAACAAGAGCGGCCCAAAACCUAAUACCUUUUCGGGCCAACGAGCGUUGGAUUUUGUGCUGGGGAACCAAGGUCUGAUAGACAAGACUCUUCUGUUUGAUAUCGAGCUGAUUAAGAUCAUACCAAACUGAUUUUCAUAUCAAACUCAAGAUCUUUCGGGAAUCACAUUGUUGGCCAACAAUACUUGCUUUCCUAUCAAGAGUUCCUUGUUCGAUUCGGAAUGCUGAAUGAUACUAAUUUGCUUAAGAAGCCGGAUUGUUGACAUAUAGCUUCUUUUUCUAUGAAGCAGAGCUUGCUCGUUACUUCUCUGAUUGCUUGAAUUGAAACUUGUCACGGGUGGUAAAUUUCCCAUGAAUCAUGAGAGAAUACAUAAAAAUGUCUAGAAUUACCCACCUGUGUCAACUUUUCGGUUCAUAUGUAAUAUAUACUCAAUAAUUUUGGCAGCAUAUUUGUAUAGUCAAGGAUUGGAAUUGUAACUAUAAUGACUGGCCGUUGUGAUUUAUG